AUGAUUUUUCAAGUCUUUCUCGCUCUGUUUGCUGUCUGCAAUGCUCAAAAACUCAUUGAUUUGAAGUCUUUCAAAGGACAAACCGACACUCAAAUUGAUGCAACUGGCCCAUAUUCUAUCUAUGUCUCUGCUUCAUCAGAUGACGAUGCUCUUCUCAAUAAAAUGACUAUCAAGAGCUCCGACAAUAAAGUUCAAACUUUGUUGUCUCUGAAAAAUGCCAAAAAGCAGCAAAAUACAGGACCUUUGCAACCAUUUGCCAUCACCAACAGUGCUGUUCUUUCUUCUUCUUUAACCAAUGACCAAAUGAGUAAAUUGACGGGAACACUAUACAUCACUACUGCUCAGCAACUUCAGAACAACAAAGGAUUCUACGUAUUCAAUGUGGAAACAUCUGAAAAGGUCACAAUCACAGGGGACAUCUAUCCUGAUGACGUCACUCUUGUAUUCUUGAAUACAAACUACAAGGAUCAACCAUUCAUGUCAUCGACGAUCAGUGCAUGGAAGCAAGCUGAGGGAUCAUCUGUUUACAUCUACGAAGGAAUUCCAAAGGAUACUGAUGAGAAGGCGAAUUCUCAAAUUUUCUCCAACCCAGUACUCCUUCAAGAUAAAUCCAUGAAAUUUAUUCCAUCCGUUGAAAUUUUCUCCUUGAACUUGGGUGCAUUCUACAUCAAAUCUCACAAGGGAAUUCAAUUUGUUAUUGAACCAACAUUCAACGACAUCGACAAUUCUGUUACAUCUUCGAAGACAACCACUGGAUUUUAUAUGAAACCGAUUGCCAAUCCUGACAGAAAAGUCACAAUCAAAACUGGACAUGACAACGACUACCAAGGAAUGUCUGGAGUUAAUGUUCUCGGCUCAGUUCCAGCAAACGCCAACUUCGGCGUUACUGGACCAGGAAAUUGGGCAACCACUCCAUCAGAAACCAUCCACAGCUGGAGUGCAGCUACAAUUGCUGACACUUUGUCCCUAGAAACCACAAACUGUGUAGCUGGAGAAGUAUUCGUCCAAUAUUAUGUUAUUCAAGGAGCCGAGAAUGUGCCAUCAACAACCAUGCUUCCAGGAAGACAAACGACUGCUCGAAUUCAAUCAACUACAAAAUCUACAGCACUGAUUCAAUUAUUCACUUCUGUUUUGAUUCCAAUUGUUGGAGCGAGAACUCUUUGA